AGCAUGGAUCUGAAGUGAGGUUUUGGGUCCAAGAGGUCCAGAAAGGCAUUUUAGAAGCCUUAGAGAGGGUUUAGUGGUGAUAGAAAGGGUUUAGACCGUUAAGUAUUUUGGAAAUGUGUAUAAUUGGGGUUUUUAGGGAUGAAGAAGACUGGAGUACUCAAAUCUGCCAUGAAAAAGACCCCAAAGUAUAAUGCUGAUGUUGAGAUGGAUUUUAAAAAUCCGGUUAGUUAUAACAAGAGCAAUACCAAUCGGAAGCACAAUCAGAAAGUGAAAGAAUCAGAUAACUCAAUUGGGUUAUCAAGCGACUCAAUAAACGGACAUUACUCAAGCGUAUACACAAACCUGAAUGCGAAGCGAAUGGAAAUGGGUGGAAAUUUUGACUCUACAACCCCGUCUCUGCGGAAAUCUAACAAAGUUUUACCAGGGUCCUCUGGAAAGAAGUCUAAAAGGCUAAAAUCUCAGUACAAAAUAAAUGGCCAGAAUAGCAUUAUCAAAGGUUUUGAUGUAGGGAAGAUGAGCAUGAGGAGGGACAUCCUGACUCCUAAGAAGAUGAACAAAACCUCUAAAGCUAAUCAUUUCAGGUCUAAUUUUAACGACAGUUAUGAAACAAGAAGCUUCGCUGAUUCUGACACACAGUCACAUAAGACAAUGCAAGCACGGAGAAAGAGGAUGAGCAAGUCUACUGUGUACUCAAAACAGCAGAAACAAGGGUUUGAGGUUAAGAAUAAGUCGAAAAUGUUCAAGGAAGGAUACAAUAUCCAUACCGAGUUCCCUUCAUUGAAUGAAAGAAAGCAGAAGACACCUGGGUUGGAUAAAAGAACAAGAAAGAAGGGGAAUAGAAGUAAUAGAAGAACUCAGAGGAUGUUGGAUCAUCAUUACAUCGAUGAAGCAAACCUUCAAAAUAAUAGGAAGAGAAAUCCUUCUCAAAAUUAUGAAGUUAAAACUGAGGGAUAUCUACCAGCUAUCGAGUCAUUAGAAGGAAAAUCUGAAUAUGAUGGCUAUCAGAUAGAUGAUGGUUUGAGCUAUACAAAAGGAGGUAAAUCAGUCAAGAGCUACAGACCUCAUCCAUUAAAAGAUCCAUCUUUCGGGAAGAAUCUAAAAUUCUCAAGUGUGAGGAUCUCCAAUAUGAGCAAGUUCAAGACUUUGUACUUAGUUAAUCUUCGAGAGAAGAUGGAAGAAUGCCAAAAACCAGCUGUCCCACAAGAAAGGUUUGUAAAAAUCAUGGAUACUAACAGAGAAAUUUCUAUUCCUAAGCUCGAACAAGAAGAAGUCGAGGAGGAGGAAGAAAAAGAUAUUAACAUCUACAGUGACAGUGAUCAAUUUGAAGAAGAAAAAGUAGAGAUCAUCUCAUCAAGAGCUACCACUCCUGAAAAUAUUAUGAUCAAAAGGCUCAGAACAAAGGUAGCCAAGGGUCUUCACAUGCAAGGCAAGAUAUCAAUGAUGCCUGGAGCUAAGCCUACAUCAAGUAUGGUAAAAAGGAAGUUUGAACAAAGCAAGGACUUCAAGAUUGCGUUAGAAAUGAUGUCAGAUCUUCACACAGUUGAUCAAUUCAGAAAUAUUCAGAAGUCUGAAUUCCUAACUCGAAACCCUUUUGAAGAUAUCGAUAUUAUGACAUGAGAUAUUGAAAGCUAUCAAACAGAAGAGGAAAGAAAGAAGAUGGUAGAAGAGAUUCAUACUAAGCACCAAAAGGCAUAUAUUAAGCAAUGUAAAAAGCUUAAUGCUCUCCCUCUUCCAUUGCUUAAGAAGAUAAAAUAUGAUAAAUUUGUACUCAAGAACUAUCAGUUGAACCCAGCAGUUACCAAAGCAUUUGGGAUGUCGAUGCAUUACCUAAAGGAUACCCUGAAUGGGGUUAUCCUGAGUAAUAAUAAUAUGAAAGAUAGUGAAAUUGUCCUCAUUCUUGAAGGAAUGAAGUAUAACCCAAUCAACUCUUUAAUCAUCGAAAAUAAUAAAAUCGGCCCAUUAUCUCUUAAAUCGCUUUGUAAAAUUGUCUGAUACGAUGAUGGAAAAUGGUACGCGAGUAUUGCUCCUAAGGCGAAAGAAUCUCUGAACAGGAUUACUCGACUAGAACUUAUGAAAUGCGAUAUCUCUCAAAGUUUGAUGACAGACUUUAUAGAAGUUCUGUCUAAAAAGAAUAGAAGAAUAGAAAUAUUAAAGCUAUCCUCAUUUAACUUUAACAAGCCCAUGACUGCAAAUCUUGGAGAUUAUAUAUUAGAAAAUUAUUGACUAAAGAAGCUCAAUCUUUCGUGGUCAGAGAUGAUGAGUGACGAUAUGCUCUUUUUCAUGGAGAAAAUCAAAGAAAUAAAGCAUCUCCAAGGUCUCGAUAUUUCAAAGAUCCCAAUAGAAGGAUUAAAUAGGAUCAAAGUAGUCGAGGAGAUUAAGGAAUUUAUCAUCAACAAUACCUCUCUAACUCAUCUAAACAUGAGUUGCUGAAAUUUACUACCAGACCAACUAGCUAUCCUUGCUGAAGGCAUCAAGAAGUCAAAAUCCUUGUUAUCCGUUCAUCUCAGUGGAAACAACUUGAAUGAAGAAGGAAAGAACCUUUUGAAGGACUUCUUAUGUCGAAAGAAGAAAAAGAGAGAUAUGUUCUUUGCUGUUAAUGAAGAUAAUGAACCUGAUAGCCCUAGGACCGUUGUUUCCAUGGUCUCCAAUAGAUACGACAGGAAAAGACUCCAAAACAUGAAGUAUGACUUGUAUAAACAGAACCAACAGAAAAAGCUAGGACUUGUGCUUGACAAUCGGGGGAAUUUUGAAACUGUAGAUGAUAGGAUUGUAGUUUAUAGACAUCUGGGGCAUUUCGAGAUCAAAGAUGGCUACACUUGGAAGAUACAUACCAGUUGUUGGAUCUGCGACCAGUGGAAAUACACCUGUGUUAUAGCUAACCCAGCGACUAUUGAGGGUACUUUUAAGGACUCUUCUCAGAUAAACUCGAAAUAUUACCAUCAAAAGAUUAUGGAUAGUAAUACAGAAAGGGAUUUUAAGAAGAUAGAAGGCUCGCCUAACCUCAAAAUAGCUGGCACCUUUUCCAACUGGAAAUGCAAGGAAAUGAUGAAGAUUGAUAAAUUUUACGACUGCUUAAUUAGAAACAAACUUCCAAAGAAAAGAAUAUAUAUUGAAGAAAAGGAAGAUCUCAUUUCACGAAUCUCAAGAAUUCUGAAUAUUGAAAUCUACACUAAAUUUAGGAACACAAAAUGAUUUGCUUCACAAAAGAGAGAAACAGCAAUCGAGAGGCUUGUGGUGAAGACUGCCUAUAAGCGUGAGGGUAAGACCAGAGGAAACAAACUCAACUUAUUAGCAAUGGAAACCCCUGUUCCAUCAUAUGCAUUCAAAGAUGUCCGUCCUGUCUCUCGCCUCCAAAAGAAGUUGAUGGAAGGUAUUAAGAAGACAAGCCAUUUUAACUGGUUCUUUGCCAAGGAGCAUGGAAAAUUUGCUCUAUUUAGAUCAUUCAAAUAUGGCGCUAUCUUCUCAACAGAGAUAGAAAAGAAGUUGGAGCUUGAUAAUGCCCACUUCAUGGUAUCGAUGAAAGAGCUUGGUGAAGACCAUAAGGAAUUGAAAGAAUCAACUAAUGAAAAUGAAGACUUGAGUGAUUAUUAUGUGUUCGCCACUUUCAUGCCGCCAGGAGACAGUAAAGUUAUUGUCAGUUCUGAAGAUAUUCAUGAUGAAACUAGUUAUUACUGAUGUGAAUCAAUAGUUCCAAUCCGAACUGAAGAGAUCCUACUGCAUCAAAAGAGAACAAAGAAGAAGUUCGAAGUUAGACAAUUUGAGAAGCAUAAAUCUGUGUUCAGGGAUUGGCAUGAAGAUACUAAUGAAACUUUGAAAAGCACAUUCCAAAUUGAUAUAUCGAAAACCAGACUUAGGAAAUAUACAGUGAGACCUAGAGUUUACGAGGAAGUCUGUGAUAUCCUUCUUGUGAACUAUCAGAGAUUGAAGGAGAUAUUCAAUCAUUGUAUUGGCAUAUCUUCAUACCCACAUAUGUCUUGGCUUGAGUUUACAAAAUUGUGCACUCACUGGAAGUUGCCAGACCGCAACAAUUGACUUAUGUCUACCAUUGAUACAUGCUUCAUUGCUGCUAAUUUUGAUGAAAACACUGAAUCAAAUUCUCCUAGAAAGCGAUUUCUUUGCAGACAUGAGUUCUUAGAAGUCCUUGUCAGAAUCGCUGAUGAGAAAUAUAGAAAAUCAGGGAUCUGAAAGACAUUACCUACCGCAUUAGGACAUUUGCUGAACCAUAACCUAUUCAAGCAUUCUAAUUUUAUCCAAAACGCACAGAAAUUUAGAGAUGAAAACCUUUGGACUAUUCGAAUCGAUGACUUAAUGUUUGCUAAUAUGGCCAAUAUCCGAAACAUCUACAAUAUGAUUUUAAUCAAACCAAACAUUGUCUGCACUCUCGAAAGAGUGGAAGAGCUUUGAAAACAACUUGACCUCUCAAUUUCCACAAAGAUGGUAAAGCUAGCCUUCAGUCUUUGCAAGAUGACCAUCUCUGAUGACAUAGUUGAUCGUGAGAAGUACUUAUGUAUCUCCUUCGUUGAGUUCCUUGAGUUUAUCUCCCGCCUAGCCCAAUUGUUGUUCAAGAAGAACAAGUCAAUGCCCUUGUUCGAUAAGAUCAUUUAUAUUCUCCAGAAGAUGUUCAGGCUGAUCCCUGCUGAAGCUAUUAAGCCAGAAACUGAGUAUUUCUUGGAGUCCGAAUCUGAUGAUGAGGAAUACUAG